GUCAGCUAAUCGAUGUUAGCUUAGAAAUGAUAAAACUUGUAUUCAAUUUGUGGUUAUAAGUACUAUGUCAUUGCUUUGAAUGACUGAUACCGUUUCGCUGAAUCAAUUUGAGAGAGUUAAAGGCUGCUGUUUGUAAAGUUACAGGGAGCUCUUUGAUGUAGAUUAGGUAGUUAGUCUAGCUAACAUUAGCUAUCUAGCUAGCAAUUGACGUGGAUGCCCAGCUGACGAAGUAACAUCUGCUGCCAGCAGUAGGGAGAACACGUUAACCAAACGGGUUGGCAAACACACAAGAUAUCUAACAAGUAGAUUACUUGUCUUUUUUCAUUUAUUUUUAGGGUCAUCCUACGAUAGAAAAUGGACCUUCCUCACCAUGGACAUAGAGCGACUAAACCAAGAGCUCGCACAGGUCCACCAGCUGGAGACCCCUUGCUUUUUGAUGAUACCAGCUCCGGAGGGCCUCCAAUGUCCAGUCAGGGCUACUACAAUUCAGGGUACAACAUGAGUGGACCCCCUGGUGGUGGUGGGGGUGGCGCUGGCGUGAACAAUUUAUUUGCUGAUCCGAUGGCCAAUGCUGCCAUGAUGUAUGGUUCCUCAAUUGCCAACCAGGGGAAGGAUAUUGUCAAUAAAGAGAUAGGCCGGUUUGUUUCCAUGAACAAGUUGAAGCACUUCUUCGCCGUUGACACCAAAUAUGUAAUGAAGAAACUGAUGCUCCUCAUGUUCCCCUAUACGCAUCAGGACUGGGAAGUGCGAUACCACAGAGAUACUCCCCUGCCUCCCCGACAUGAUGUGAAUGCUCCUGACCUCUACAUACCCUCAAUGGCUUUCAUCACCUACAUUUUGCUAGCUGGGAUGGCCCUUGGAAUCCAGAAAAGGUUCAGUCCAGAGGUGUUGGGGCUGUGUGCCAGCACUGCCCUGGUGUGGAUGGUCAUUGAGGUGUUGGCCAUGUUGUUGAGCUUGUACUUGCUUACCGUGCACUCCGAUCUUUCUACCUUUGAUCUCAUUGCUUACAGUGGAUACAAAUAUGUGGGGAUGAUCUUCACUGUCCUGUGUGGACUCCUCUUUGGCAGUGAUGGCUACUAUGUUGCUUUGGCCUGGAGUUCCUGUGCCCUCAUGUUUUUCAUAGUCCGCUCACUCAAGAUGAAGAUUCUUUCCUCGCUGUCCUCCGACUCCAUGGGUGCUGGAGCAAGCGUCAAGCCCCGCUUCCGCCUUUACAUCACCAUGGCAACUGCUGUUUUUCAGCCAAUCAUCAUUUACUGGCUCACCUCUCACCUGGUCAGGUGACCUGGUAGUGCCCAUCCAUCAGGGUCUGCUAGCAUGGAACUUUCAAUGACCUUUAACAAACUUCAUGGAGUGUCAUUACUACACUUGCCUUUGGCCAUUGUACCAAAAUGGCCUGUAGAUAUUUGCUUGUUGUAGGUUGUUUGUUUUGGGGACUAAAGUGUUGAUAAACUCCUUAAACAAACUCAGACUGAAUAUGGCAUGUAAGGCUAUGGAUGAAUGGAUAGCUCAUUGAAAAAUAUCUUCAGAGUUAUGGGUUUUCACUUCAACAAAAAUGGACCUCUAAGAACCUUUUAAACUCUUUGUCCCUUGGCUGUCUAAUAGUCUAAACAGGCAGACAACCAAAAUGACCAAUGAACGAAUAUUAGGAGAAUGCAAACAGUUUUGGCUUUAUAAAAUACGUAUCUAUAUUGCAACUCCCUGGAUUAACAUUCUGUGCUGAAAUAUUGUGUAUGUCGUGAAGCACACACUUGUAUAACUCCUUUUGUAUUUAUCUGUGCUAUUGGAAGCAUGAACAGCAGUGUUUUUAUUUUUGUAGUAAAACAAAAACAAAAUGAGUGAAUUUUAAACGAAAGCAGUUUAUACAUGUAUGUUUUCAUUUCAGUUGAUGUGUGUGAUGAAGUGAACCUAUUGAGUAAUCCGAUGUUUUGGAUGUAAAGUAAAGAAAAACAUACAAAAAAACUG